UGAUUCGAUGCACCAUGUUGGACGUAAAGGAAAUGAAUGCAGCGAAUGGCGUUCAAGUAAUCGAUGCAUUGGUUACUGCUCGAGACGUUCAAAGUAAAAUUGUAAGUAAUAUGGUUUACACCAAAGCUAUGGCCAACGCUGCAAUGUUACAGUGUGGUUUAUCGUGUACAUCUUUUUUCGAUGCAUUCGACAACACGGAUGAGUACUUAUACAAAAUGAAUGACUGCGACGGAACCAACUUCAAUUUCAAAGUUGUAGAACACAAAACCAAACAAGGAAUUGAGAUUCAUCUCAUUGUAUCUCACGUGGAUGAUGACAAUGCAACCAUCAAUGCAGAUCUGUUUACUAUUCCGAGCGAAUUACCACACUAUUUAGGCCAUGCGUCACAUCUUGGAAACUCAUCCUGCCGUUUAUUAGCCAUCUUUAGUUGUAACAAAAAUAUUACAAAAAUUAUUGCAAAAAUAGAAAGUUUCUUCGUGAAAACAAGUUCGAAGAAUAGUAGCCGCAGAUCCUCUAUUGACUCUAUUACGUUGGCUGCACUUGAAGACUUUAAAAACUAUAAAGUCGUUUCUUCCCGCGCGAAGCACCUUUGAAAAAUAACUUCCCUCGACUCCUUGGCGCAGCCUGCAACUUGAAGUAAAUUGUUCUACUUGAGGAAGUCGUCGACAACCCUCUGAAUUCUCUCUUCUUGCACUCAUUUUUUUUCCAACGAACUGUUUUUCUCUUAUUAUUUUUUCAAAUAAUUUUUCAAAACGUGAAGAAAACUUUUCCAAAAUACAACAUUUUGUUCAAUAUGCAGACUUGUCCAUGUUUUAAAAUCAGAAUUUGAGCAAUCUGGUUCCUCUCUGAUAAGUUAAAUGUUAUAACUUGUGUGAAAUGUUUCCUAAAGAAACGAAAUUGUGAUAACUUGAAAUAAAUACUUUUUUUUUUACAUUUACUGCUUGUUCAAAAAUGCGACAUUUUUUGAUAAAGUUGAGAAACUUUUCGCUAAUGCACCAAAAGGGAGGAUUUUUGAUUCAAUGAUGAUAUCUUUGACUGGAUCAAUAUUUAAUAAUAAAAUUUCUAUUUUGGGUACAAAAUUUGAAAGUUUAUUGGAUAGAGGAAGUCAUUUUCAUGUAAUUCAAAAUCUUGAAUUCACAUUCUACAAUGUGAACGAAACCAAGCUACGAGUAGAUUAAAAGAGCAUGUUCUAAUCCCCCUCAAUCCGGAAAUCAAAAUUUCAGGUUAAUUUUUGAGAAUUCAGAAAAACUGUUAUGUAAUUUUUUGAGAAAAGUGAACCAGCGUGAAUAACUCGCCUUCAAGUCAACUCUCACACAUCAACGACUAGUAGCUUUGAACCAUUCUGGAGACUCCAGUGAUUUUUUGAUUUUCUCCAGAAAUUUCAAAUCACUGUAAAAGGGUUAAAAAAAAUUUAAAAAGUAUGUACUUGAUAAAAACGAUUGAGAGCAUGCUCAAUGAGCACCGAUCAAAGUUAGUGGUUCUAAAGUUCACUUUGGACCCUUCUGAAGCGAUUUGAAAUUACUGGAGAAAUUUGAAAACUCACUGGAGACUUCCAAAAAGGUCAAAUCGGUAUUGUUUUCGAGUCUGGUUAUCAUGGAAACGCACCAGGCAAUAUCUUGUUGAAAAAAGCUGCUCGUUAUGCAACUUCUUUGAAAAUUAGUGUUUUUUUUCACUUUUUUGGAAUUUAAAAAAUGAUAAAAAAUUCACUUUUCAACUCGCACUUCUGGAAAUUUGCUUUAAAAAAAGUAUCCCAUAAAAAAGUUAAAUCGCCCUUGAAACAGUUUUUAAAAAUCCAAAAAUGAAAUUAAGCUAUCGAAAUUUAUUUAAAUAAAAGAGGGGAGGAUUCGUGCUCUUUCGACCUAGAUUGGUUUAGUCUAGUCCCAUUCUUCCCUUGUGAGGGUAAAGUGUUCAUCAGUCAUCACUCAAAUUUUCUCCUCCAAGUAUUGAUACAAAACUCUCCCGCCAACUUACCCAAUUAUGUUUCAAAAAUAUAAAAAACCAAUCAACUUGUAUCAAUAAAUUAUAUAUUACAUAAUAACAAUAAUAUCAUCCAUUAGAUACAAUUCAAAAUUACAAAUGAACAUAUAUAAACGAAUUCUUUUUUCAUUUUUUCCAACAAUUCCAGUGUAUAGGUAAAUUGGCAUAGAUCAUAAAUAAAAGGACAAGAUAUCAAUGAAAUUCUUAAACUUUACUCUGUAUACGAUAAACGGUAUUGCGUGUGUUAGUCGUACAGUGAAAACUUUCCAGUGUCUAGUCCAUACAGCGAACGAAAAAAAUUAAAUAAAUACUUAAGAAAAACCAUUCCACAUAAAAAUGCAAACUACGUUACAAGAGUAUAGAUCCGCACGUCAGAACAGAACGUUACCGGUGGUAGAUUUAUCACAGAUUAAUAGUACAUUAUACGUUAAUAUUGAUCCACUUCGUUUAUUAAAAGGGCUAGGGCACCAGAAAGAUAGAGAGAAAAAAAGCUUAAAAAUUCUUCGUUGCUUAAAUACAUGUACAAUGAAUAUAUAAAAUGACCUUGUGUAUAUUAUUAAUAAAAAAUAAAAAGCUCAAAGUUAGAACAGUCUUUUACACUAUGAAUUAUAUUUCAUACACCAAUAAAAUGCAACAAAUCGGAAGACUGAUUAAAAAUGAAUAAAAUAAAAAAAAAAGAACAAACGAGCGCCCGAUGCGAAAAAUUCAGAGAAAAAAAAACAAAGCCAUAAAUUCAGUCGUCUUCGUCGUUAGUUGAAUAAAAAUGAAUAAAUAAAUAAAACGCGUAGAAAAAUCAUAACGCGUGUGAGUGCACUCUCGAGGCAACAAUCCGAGCAUUUGGAAAGGCGGAUGAGAUUCGUUUCAUAAUACGUACAGUAAGAAUACUAAUACUUCGUGUAUUUUCAAAUUAAAUAUGUGAUGAAAAAAAAAAGCAGAAUAGUAAAAAACACGUUCCUUUCAAUUUUGUAUGGCUGAUUCGACUCCAUCGCUAGAUAUUAAUACUGUUGGAAUUUUUCAAUAGGUAGGUGGUCAAAAUUCUACAAAUUAGAACAAUUAUUCAAAGGAUACUUUUUCAAAACCUUUCUCCGUAAUCGACCUUUUCCAAGGACCAUUUCAUAUCGUAAAAUAUUUACAUAAAUAUAAUUUACAUAGUUCACAAAAAAUAACAUACGCAUGAAUAAGCAUUGUAACAAACAUUUUUUUCUUUUUAGAUAGGUACACUACGAGUGUUCAAUUGAUUCGAGCCGAGCGAACGUUGAUUUGGGAAAAAAAAUCAUACAAAUAUGUAUCAUAAUUUGCAGCAUUUAAAAGAAAACGAAUCAUUCACGAAAGAAUAUAAAUUUUUCAAAAUUAGGUACGCUGAAAAUACCUGGUGGAUAACGAACCAGUGUCCAAUAUUCUAUUAUUAAUUUUUCACGUGGAUUAUAAUUUCAAGUAAUGCAAUCAAGUUGUUCACGAACGACUGAAUAAUUUCGAAAACGAUUCUUGUGAUUUGGGCAGGAUUUUCCGGCAGUUUUCUUAGCGAAACAUCAUCUUAUAUGAAAUCGUUCGCGAAU